UUGCACUAUAUUUUCGGUUUCCUCAAUCUCCUUCAAAGUUUCCUUCCUCUAUCCAUCUCGUCUACUGUAACUCAUUCAUUCGCAUAUCUGUGCAUCGGUUUUCAGGAGUUGCAUUGUUCGUUAUGAUUCCGCUUAAUAUCUCUUGGUUCGUUGUUUAGGUUAGUUUCAUCUUAUAUCGCAUGGCGUGGUUUUUUCUCAUAACUGUUUUUCGUGGAGCGUAAGGGUCUAUGCUGGUUCGCUUCUGCAUGAAUGGUUGAAACAGAUUUAAAUUAGAGGAUAUAAUAUAAAGAUAGACGGAAUCAGGGAAAGAGAGGAAGAUGGGAUCUGCACUGGAAAUUGGAAUCCGAAUGAGGAACAUGCUGACUUCUCUAACCAAGGCGUGUUACAGAUUUGUCCGGUGCCAUCCAUGUCUUGUGUCUUUUCUAGGAUUCUUGGUUAUUCUGUGCAGACGGUUUCCUUUUGUGGUUUCCAUUUUGGUAUAUAUGUCCCCUGUUCUGGUCUGCACUGGUGUUCUGCUUGGCACCCUUCUGUUUUUCGGUCAAUUCAACUUAGCCGAAGUUCAAAAAGAAAAGAAGUUUACUGAUAACGUUUCAUCCUUUCAUAUGGGAUUUUCAGAGAGUGCCACUGUUAUUUCCAGGAGAAAUGAAUACAAAAGUAUCACAGAGGAGAGGAGCAUUGGAGAAGCAAGUUUGGUGAAAGACAAAGUAAACAAGGCUGAUCAAAAUGAUGGUUUACUUUCGUUAAAUGUGCCGGUGGUUGAUAAAAAUUCUCUCAAUAUUCAACCUGAGAAACAAGUGAAGGACGAAAUGAAGAGGGAAGUUCUUGAGGAGAAAUUGAAGGCCAAAGGUGUUACAAGAAAUGCUGAAGCUAUUCACGGGGAGGAGGAGGAGGAGGAGGAGGCAUCAGAGCAAGGGUCUGAUGAUAUUGAGAGCUCCUCACCAGAUGCUUCCAUGGCUGACAUAAUCCCUGUGCUUGAUGAGCUCCACCCACUAUUAGACAUGGAAGGCCCACAAACUGCUCAUUCGUCCCGUGGUGGUUCUGGCAUUGAAUAUGAGAAGUCUCUGAAAAGCGAUGAUGGCAGUGUUGAAUCAGAUGAAGGCACUGAAAUGCCAGAUUACGAGGAAGAUGAAGCAGAAGAAAGCGGCAUAGAGGAUGAGAGUAAAUCUGCAAUAAGAUGGACAGAGGAUGACCAAAAGAAUCUCAUGGAUUUGGGUUCUUUAGAGCUAGAAAGGAACCAACGUUUGGAGAAUAUCAUUGCAAGAAGAAGAGCUUGGAGGCAGAUUACUGAGAAGAAUCUAAUAGACUUGGAAAGUACUGAAGUUCCCUCAAAUGUUCCACCCAUUGUCACAAGACGCAAUCCAUUUGAUCUCCCUGAUGAUUCCUAUGAUGAUUCAGGGCUACCCCCAAUUCCUGGGUCAGCUCCAUCCAUUUUGCAUCCUAGAAAGAAUCCUUUCGAUAUUCCUUUUGAUCCCAAUGAAGAAAAACCUGUCCCCAAAGGAGACAGUCCUAAAGAAGAGUUCCCUGUGUUUAAUCAGAAAGAUACAUUUUUCCGUAGGCACGACAGUUUCAGUUUGGGACCAUCAGUCUUAAGGAUGACUAAACAUGAGAGACAGGAUAUUUAUUGGAAACCCAUCUUUGUGUCGGAGCAAAUGGCUUCACAGGGAACAAGCUAUUCCUCGUUCCUGAUGCAACAAAGUGAAGUAAGUGAUUCAAAAUUGAGUUCUAUUCCUGAAACUGAAUCAGCCAGUUCAACUGAUCAAGAAGAAAGGAUGUCCAAUGAACAAGAUUUGCCUCAAGAAGCAGAAUCCUCGGGCGAGGUUGACUCUACGGAGAUGACACCAGAAAAGCAGAGAAAUGUUCACCGUGAAGAAGUUGAAAUAGUGUUGGGUGGGGUGGAAAAUAAUUCUGAGACAGAACUUUCUUCUGAAACAGGAGAUGCUGUAAUUCACGAGGAAUUCAAUAUAGGCGAAACACAUCUGAGAAGAGAAGUUGAUGAGCAGAGCAGCAGUAAAUCAAGUCGGUCUUCUCUAUCAGAAAGCGAUUGACGAAAAAUCAGCUAGUGUGCAGCAAGAAGAAAAAAACCACCUUCAGGAGUCUAGAAUUAUGACACAAGC